CGCCGGGCAGAGCAGAGUUCCCGCAGUCAGCAGCAGAGACCAUGUCAGCCGUGGCGGGCUGCCCGCGCUCCGCUCUCCUCCCGCCGCCUCCUCCAUGAGUCCUCAGUAACGCGGGGCCCGAACCAUGGCCGGCUCGGGCGCUGUCCAGGUGAAGCUGGAGCUGGGCCACCGGGCCCAGGUGAGGAAGAAGCCCACGGUGGAAGGCUUCACGCACGACUGGAUGGUGUUCGUGCGCGGCCCGGAGCACAGCAACAUCCAGCACUUUGUGGAGAAGGUGGUGUUCCACCUGCACGAGAGCUUCCCCAAGCCAAAACGAGUGUGUAAAGACCCACCCUACAAGGUGGGAUCUGGAUACGCAGGCUUCAUCCUGCCCAUCGAAGUUUACUUCAAGAACAAGGAGGAACCCAAGAAAGUUCGCUUCGACUACGACCUGUUCCUCCACCUGGAGGGUCACCCGCCCGUCAACCACCUCCGCUGUGAGAAGCUCACCUUCAACAACCCCACCGAGGAAUUCCGCAGGAAGCUCCUGAAAGCUGGAGGGCAGCGAGAUCCUCAGAAGCGAAGCUCGGAGGACUCAAAGGUGAUGGUGAUGCAGGAGGGCUCCACGUCUCUGUUCGGACAGCACCUCAAGCUGCCCACGCUCCCCAACAGCUCGCUCACCUCUUCUCCCCCAAAGAAGAGCAAGAGCGUCCACGGACCCAAGGUGAGGACGGCCGUUAGACCAGAGGAGCAGGAUGUCUCUAAAGGCGGCGGGACGACGCACCUCACCACCGUCACAACCACCAGCACCAACAGCAGCAGCUUCUCCAAACUCCACAAACCUUCCAAGGACCACAAAGAUAAGCUUCCAAAAGAUUUGAAAGAGUCCAAAAGUGCCUUCAGAGACCCUGGCUGGGAAUCCAGCAAAGCCCCCAAAGAGCCCUACAGGAAACCCAAAGAGAACCAGCCGCUCCGAGAGUCGGUCCCCAAGAUGGGCUUCAAGGAGCCCAAGUCUUUGUCCAAGGAGCAUCGGACUGAAGCGGCGACCCACGGGCCGAACAAGCGCCUGUCCGCCCCCGACAGCGACGACUACGUCAACAAGAAGCGCAAGAAGUGUUUCGUGGACUCGUUAGGGAAGCCUCUGCUGGAGUCGGACGGUCACCAGCUGGAUAAGAAACUCCUGAAGGACCGAUCGCACGUCCGGACCGGGAAACCGCGUCCCGACGGCGAGGAGGUGGACCGCAGGAAGGUCUCUACGCUUCAGCAGCUGGCGGAGCCCAACGACUCCGACCUGGAGGACCACUCCACCAAGUCAGACUCCGAACAGCCCAGUCCUGCCAGCUCCAGCUCCAGUUCAGGGUUCACCCCAACACACCAGAAACGACAAGUUCUGGGUCCGCUGCAGUCCGUCAUGCAGGAUCUGCAUUCGGAUGAAAACGACGACGACUCGGAGGACGAGGACGACAACGAGGUGGACUCUGAGGCGGACCGGGCUGCACACACACACCUCACACACCACCCCCGCAGGGUCAGUCUGAGUGACGGCAGUGAGAGCGACAGCUCCUCCCCCCCGCCCCCUCGCCCCGAGGCCCCGCCCCUGACCAAGACCACGACCAGCCAGAUCCUGGAGGUGAAGAGUCCCAGCAAGCAGGACAAGAGCAAGACCCUGGACUGUGACAAGGCCUACCUGGACGAGCUGGUGGAGCUCCACAAGCGGCUGAUGACGCUCCGAGAAGGCCACAUCCUGCAGCAGAUCGUGAACCUGAUCGAGGAGACGGGGCACUUCCACAUCAACACCACCUUUGACUUUGACCUCUCCCUGGACAGAAGUACGGUCCGGAAGCUGCAGAGCUACCUGGACGCGUCGGGCCUGUCCUGAAGCACCAGCACACUUUCCUCUGGAUGCAACUUGAACGCCUGACUGAGACUGGCCGCCGCCGCGGCCUCCGGUCCGUCAGGACAUUACCCAGAAGGCCUUGUAAACCUCACCCUGGUGAAGUGAGGGUGAGCAGUGGCGGCCGUCGUCGUCGCCACGCGGUUCCUCUUCUGUCCACAGCGAUGCCUUACGACACGUCAGUCUUAUUUAUUGAAGUCAAUUCGCAGGGUGCGUGCGCGCGCACGUGCACUCUCUAAAGAAAAGAAAGAUUUUGAAUGAAAAUGACAUUGAAGCGUCCUUCAGUUCGACGCUGCGGAGACCUGAUCCAUAAGUUUGAACCUCCGUCACGAACGAAGACACGCGACGCUCGUCUUAAUUUAAAGAGAUCCGUUAAUUUACUGUGAAAGGUGAGGCCUCGUGCACGCUCCCCGUGCACACGCUUUUUGUUUUCCGGUUAUCGUGGGCUGGAGUUAGAAAUGAAUGUUUUCUGUGCUCUUGUUUCUGUUUGAUCUUCUGCACGCUUCAUCCUUCAUGUCAACAGCAGCAGCUCUCCCAUAUUUACACACACACCACUUACACUACACACACAACACACACACACCACACACACACCACCCCCACGGUGCUGGAGGAUGGAGGACUCCCCGUCUGAAGCCGAGGCGACUGGAAGAAGCCAAAAGCUUCAGCUGGUUUCGGCCGCCGGUCCUGUUUGUGCCGGGACUCUGAUG